UCGGGUUUGCCUUUCAUCUUCUUCUCUUGUAGUUGCUGUUCGGCUUCGUUGCUUCGCAAGGAGUUGUAGGGAUUGCACGCGUCGCUUCUUCGGCUCCUUCGUAUUUCGUCCUUUGUCCUUUGUGGCUGUUCGACUUCGCUCCUUCGUCGACUUUCCCAACGUGGAUCGGAAGUUACGACAUUUUGAUCGGAUUCAACAACGGGAGCUCGCUGGCUUUGAAGGCCUACCGACAACAGCCCGUCGAUUCUAUUUGUGGCCCAUUUGCUAACACAGUGCUUAUUCGGGCUAGACCUAAUUGAAAGCUUGUUUAAACCCGGAUGAGAGAAUUAAAAUCCAUAGAAACUCUGCGACCUGGUUCAUCUUGAUACCAUCGUCGGUCUCCGCUUCUCAGACCACGGCUUGGAUCCGGAAAGCUAUCGCUGUUGCAUUUUUUUCUCCUUGAAGGAGUUCUAUGAACCCUAGCGGUUGCUCCUGUACAUAAAAAAUAAAAAUCAAGAAAAAAUGCAGCCUGGGGCGGAUAAGACUGCAAAUGUCCCUGGUGGACCUGCCCCAUUUCUUCCAGCCAACCCACAGUAUGCAUCUCCUUUCACAUCUUCAGGACCUGUGGUUGGGAUGCAGGCAUCUGGCAAUUCUCAACCUUCUUCUCCCUUCAUUCCAUCACGGCCAAUAGCUGGUUCUGGCACAUCAAUUGCUCCUGGAGCUUCCAUGCCAAAUUUUCCAAGGGCCAUGGCUGUGCCGGAUUCAUCCUGGAUGCCGCCUCCAGUUAGGUUUAAUGGUCCUGCAAAUGCUCCACCAUCAGCUUACAGCAAUCAAGACACAAGUGCAUACCAACCAACACAAGUUCCAAGGUUUACACCAUCUGCUCAACCUGCGCCUCCUUUCAGCAUCACACCUCAGGGAGGACCACCGGUUCUUACCCAUGCUGGGUCUCUUCCUCCAAGCCAAAUAUCAUCAGUUCCAAUGAGCAUUCCUUCUGUAGCUUCAAACCAGAUGCCUCCUAGUGGAAAUUUCGCUCUACCUCUCCAGUCAUCUUUGUCUGCACCUAGACCACCUGGUCCACCUCAACUGGCGCCUUCACCAGGAGAUUACAAUGUUCUUCCAAGAGGUAGUGUGCCUCAGUCACCUGUAAAUAUGAGGUUUUCUGCCCCUGGCUCAAUUUCACAACCACCCCCUCAAACAUUUCCUGCAACUCAUCUUUCUUAUCAUCCCCCUCAAGGCGGAUUUGUAGCCGCACCAUCUCCUCCUAUUGGUGCACCAAUAGGUUUUGCUUCCAGAGAACAAAUGCAAUAUCCCAGUGCAGGUCCUCCAUUGGGAGGUUCCCUUCAAGGACUUGUUGAAGAUUUCCAGUCAAUAACACUCGGGUCCGCUUCUGGUUCACUUGAUCCUGGAUUGGAUUUUAGAUCGUUGCCAAGACCCUUUGAUAAUAAUGACGAGAUGAUUUCUGUCCAUGAGAAAUACCCUCUCAACUGUCAACCUAGAUUCUUGAGGUUGACAACUCAUGCAUUUCCAAGUUCUCAGUCAUUGCUUGCACGCUGGCAUUUGCCUUUAGGAAUUGUGGUUCAUCCUCUGGCAGAGGUUCCAGAUGGGGAUGAGGUGCCUAUUGUCAAUUUUGGACCAGCUGGCAUUGUUAGGUGUCGAAGAUGCCGAAACUAUAUUAAUCCGUAUGCGACUUUCACAGAUGCUGGAAGAAAGUGGCGCUGCAACAUUUGUUCUCUUAUGAAUGAUGUUCCUGGGGAGUAUUUUUGUGCUUUGGAUGCUAAUGGUAGAAGAUGUGAUCAGGACCAGAGGCCUGAGCUUUCAAAAGGUAGUGUCGAAUUUGUUGCUCCAACUGAGUAUAUGGUGCGGCCACCAAUGCCACCAUCAUACUUUUUUGUUAUUGAUGUAUCAGUUUCUGCAGUUCGGAAUGGUCUCCUAGAGGUUGUGGCAAAUACCAUAAAAUCUUGUCUUGAUGAGCUGCCCGGCUUCCCAAGAACUCAAAUUGGCUUCUUAACUUUUGACAGCACUUUACACUUCUACAGUCUGAAGUCUUCCUUAUCGCAGCCGCAAAUGAUGGUGGUAGCUGAUCUGGAUGAUAUAUUUUUACCGUUGCCAGAUGACCUCCUUGUGAACCUUUCUGAUUCAAGAAACGUUGUGGAUGCUUUUUUAGAUAGCUUGCCGAGCAUGUUCCAGGAUAAUGCAAAUAUGGAAUCUGCUUUUGGUCCUGCUCUAAAAGCUUCAUACAUGGUUAUGAGCCAACUUGGAGGAAAGUUGCUCAUCUUCCAGAGUACUUUACCUUCUCUUGGAGCCGGCCGUCUAAGAUUACGUGGAGACGAUCGUCGUGUAUAUGGAACAGAUAAAGAACAUAACUUAAGGAUACCUGAAGAUUCGUUUUAUAAACAAAUGGCUGCAGAUUUUACAAAGAAUCAGAUUGCAGUAGAUAUAUAUGCUUUCAGCGAGAAUUACUCUGACAUAGCUUCUCUAGGAACUCUUGCCAAAUAUACUGGAGGCCAGGUGUACCAUUAUCCAUCUUUUAAGGCAGAUUCACACCAAGAGAAACUAAGACAUGAACUUACAAGGGACCUUACACGGGAAACUGCUUGGGAAGCAGUGAUGCGCAUUCGAUGUAGCAAAGGUGUACGGUUUGCCAGUUAUCAUGGACAUUUCAUGCUUAGGACCGUUGAUUUGCUAGCUCUUCCAGCUGUUGAUUCUGAUAAGGCCUUUGCAAUGCAAUUGGCUUUAGAGGAGACCUUGCUAACUACUCAACUUGUGUUCUUUCAAGUUGCUUUGCUCUAUACUUCUUCUUCAGGUGAAAGGCGUAUUAGAGUCCACACAUCUGCAGUGCCUGUGGUACCCGACCUUGCUGAAAUGUACCGCCAAGCUGAUACUGGAGCCAUUAUCUCACUGUUGAGCAGAUUGGCAAUUGAAAACUCUUUAUCGAAUAAGCUUGAUGAUGCUCGCCAGAUGAUACAAGUGAAGAUUGUGAAAUGUCUGAAAGAAUAUCGCAACCUUUAUGCUGUGCAGCAUAGGUUAACCGGGCGAAUGAUAUAUCCAGAAUCUUUGAAACUAUUGCCACUGUAUGCAUUGUGUCUUUGUAAAUCUGCAGCACUUCGUGGGGGUUUUGCUGAUGUUUCUCUAGAUGAACGUUGCGCUGCUGGUUACAGUAUGAUGAUUUUACCUAUUAGAAGAUUGCUCAAACUUCUCUACCCUAGCUUACUUAGAACAGAUGAGAUCAUUAUAAAGGCUGCUGACUCUGAAGACUCUCUUAGACAGCUACCUUUAACUGUAGGGAGCUUAGACUCCAGAGGCCUAUAUGUCUGUGAUGAUGGAUUUAGUUUUGUUUUCUGGCUUGGUCAGAUGCUUCCAUCAGAUGUAAUCAAUAAAAUUCUUGGUGUUGACGCUUCCAUGUUUCCUGAUUUAUCCAAGGUUCAAUUUUGUGAACAGGAUAAUGAAGUAACAAGAAAAAUAAAGACAAUUCUACAAAAGCUAAGGACUAAUGAUCCUUCCUAUUGUCAAUUGAUCCAUGUAGUAAGGCAAGGUGAACAUCCAAGAGAGAGUGUCUUAUUUAUGUCCAAGUUAGUCGAGGACCAAUUUGCAGGUUGCAGCAACUACUCUGAUUGGAUUCUGCAGAUCCACCGCCAAUCUCAAAGCCCCUAAACUAUCUUCAGGUCUUUGGCAUCUUUUGUUAGUUAAUAAAGCUGUGGGCAAAAAGUAAGAGGUUCGUAAUCGAAAAAGCUUUAUACUGUUUUGUAUGUGUUGCAAACAUGUCAAGCAAAUUAUGCUAAUUGAAUUUGUAGCACACAAACAGCAAAAGAAACGCAUGGAACUGAUGAGAACUGCAGCUGUGGAUAAGUGGGGGUUCUAUUAUUGCCAUCCAAAUUAGGCUUCGUUUGUGACGACUUUUUUACUGUUUCUUAAAGCAGUUUUCGAGUAUCAAAUAAUAUUUUAAUAAGCAGUAAAAAACUGUCCCAAAUAAGUGAAAUCUUAAAUUCUUGUCAUUUUGUUUCCAGAAUUAUGUGGCACAUUUUUCUUUAAUCCAUCUACGGUUGAGAUGGAGUCGCUACAUGGCAUGCUUGCUUUGGCUU